AUGAGCACGGAUACUGUGGAGGACAAACAUUAUGACGACGACCUACCUUAUGAUAUACCAGAAAUCAAGGUAAACGCCUCACCGUCUGAAACGAGUCAUGAGGAAUCUGAUCUUCUAGAUGAGGAGGAAGAUGAGGAAUUUGAAGAUGACCAAUGGAGACCUUAUGAUGUAUUCCAAGUAAAAGAACGAGAACAUGAGGAUGACGACUCAAUAUUCAAAGAAAUUCUAAAAUGUGUCCGACUUUUCAUGUACCUUUUUGUGGUGGUUGUAAUACUUGGCAGUACUGUUGCCAGUCGACUAUCUCUGAUUCUCAUAACGUCUGGAAUAAAAGGGUUGUUUAUAUUUGAAGCGAUGCAGACGGCUGGAAUUUGUUUACUGAUUUUCCGUUGUUUACCAGGUACGGACUUUUUCAGAGGCGUCACAAUGACUUUUACCAUAUUCCAAAUCCCCAGUAUAUUAAAUUUAAUAUUUCACGAGAAAAAAAUAACGUGUAGUAUUUGGGAUUUCUUAAAGCUGUUUUGUUCGCUGAUAGCCUGUCUGUGUCAACUUGGUGCCUUGUGUGUAUUUAGUAUAACCGACUUCACUGCAGAUGGUGGCCAUACCCUCCUGAAUCUUCUGGACAACAGCAGGACCACCAUUACAUUUGAAUCAUUGGAUUGGGAAUUACCCUUAGCGGUAUUACUAAUAUCUGUUGGAUGGAUAGAGAAUUUCAUUUCUGGAGAAUGGACACUGUUUGGUAAAGUGAAAUCAUCAUUCCGAAAUUGGCGUCACGAAGUCCAAGAUGUUCGGGAAACUUCAUAUUUUCUUUUGGGACCCUUGAAGAUUGGAUUAACGGUACUGCUUGCCCAUUUUCUUACUGAUGCACCGUUCAGACUUCCUAGCGUUGAUGAAGGCGAUACUGAUACAGACAAAUCGAUGCAUCACUUAACGUCCUACAGUCUCAUGUAUAUUCAGAUCGGGUCUGGAAUAGUUUGUACGUAUCUUGCUGGUAUGGCCUGCAAACUCCACAUGCAGAAAACGGCAUUUGCUUUACCGUUACUGAUGUCGCCACCAGUCAGUUUAAUGUGUAUAUAUCUGCAGUGUAAAUAUAUGUAUUUACCAUCCUCUUGGCAUGUUGGUAGUUGGUUAUGUUCUGAGGUCGAUAUCUAUAAAAUGAUCAUACCUCUAGGAUGUGCUGGUGCACUCUGGAUUUCCUACUGUUUGAUUGUGUCACAUAUAUGGUUUCCACAAAGUGAACGAAUGGCGAAGAUUGAAAAAUUGUUUAUAACACCACACUAUGAUGGCAUCUUUCCUGAUUUUAAUCUAACCAUGAGACGAAGACGAAUCGACCAAGAAAUGAGACGAACUCGCUGUGACAGCUUGACAGGAAACCUCACGGAUGACUACGUUGUACCGACGAUAUACGCAUGUGCUACAAUGUGGCACGAGACGAGACAGGAAAUGACGCAGUUGCUGAAAUCUCUAUACAGAUUGGAUUAUGUACAAUGUGCCAGUAGAUUAGCUCAACAAGAAUUUAGAAUUCGGGAUCCAGAUUAUUAUAAUUUUGAAAUUCAUAUAAUAUUUGACGAUGCCUUUGAAAUAGAUGACGACUUUAAUAAAUAUGUUCCGAACAGUUUUGUUGAACAGUUGGUAGAAUGUAUGGAGGAUGCGGCGAGAUCUGUUGUUAAAGGACCGAUCAUUAUUGCACCACCAGUUAAAGUUCCCACACCAUAUGGAGGUCGUCUGGUUUUCACUAUGCCUGGUCAAACACAGAUGAUUAUACACAUCAAAAACAAAAACAUGAUACGUCACAGAAAACGAUGGUCACAGUGUAUGUACAUGUAUUAUCUACUGGGUUACCGUUUACUGGGUGGUAAGGAUUCAGAUAUGAGAACUGUUGAUGAAACUGAACUACAUGAAGAUAUCGAGAAGAAUAACGUCCGAAACAGAAAAAAAGGCAAAUCUAAGAAAAGGCAAAAAGCUGCACCACUAAGAUCGUUGUUGAUGAGGAUGACCCCCGAAAAAUAUGAAAAGGUGAUGCAAGAAGCUGAAAAUACAUUUGUCCUGGCUCUUGAUGGUGAUGUAGAUUUUAAACCGGAAUCUGUGAAACUAUUAAUUGAUAGAAUGAAGAAGAAUAAGAAAGUUGGUGCAGUUUGUGGAAGAAUUCAUCCUAUAGGAUCAGGUCCGAUGGUUUGGUAUCAACAGUUCGAGUAUGCUAUUGGUCAUUGGUUACAAAAGGCUGCAGAACACGUGUUUGGUUGUGUUUUGUGUUGUCCUGGAUGCUUCAGUUUAUUUCGAGCAUCAGCACUCAUGGAUGAUAAUGUAAUGAAGAUGUACACAACAAAACCAACAGAAGCUAGACAUUAUAUCCAGUUUGAACAAGGGGAGGACAGAUGGUUGUGUACUCUACUUCUACAACAAGGUCAUAGAAUUGAUUACUGUGCUGGUGCUGAUGCCUUGACCUUCGCCCCCGAAACCUUCAACGAAUUUUUCAAUCAGCGGCGUCGCUGGUCACCUUCGACUCUAGCUAACAUGAUGGAUUUGUUAUCAUCCUGGCGGGAGACUUGUAGAAUCAACGAUAACAUCAGUCGACCAUAUGUGCUGUAUCAGUUUAUUUUGAUGGCUUCAACAAUCCUUGCCCCGUCUACUGUUGUUCUGAUGAUAACUGGAUCCUAUCAUUCUGUGUUUGGUAUAGGCAUCUGGUGGUCUUAUAUUCUCUCUGUUAUACCAGUUGCUAUAUAUAUUAUCAUUUGUAUGACUCAGAAAAGUAACUAUCAGAUCACGGCAGCUGCUGCCCUAACUGCCCUUUUUACGGUGGUGAUGAUGAUAGCUACAGUGGGAACAGUCAUUAGUAUUGCUACAGAAAGUUUCAACAGUCCGAAUGUGGUGUUUUUGAGUGGUCUUGCUGUUAUUUUUAUUAUUGCCGGGUUGCUGCAUCCUCAAGAAUUAUUCUGUUUAAUUUAUGGCAUCCUGUACUUCAUGGUGGUACCAUCGACAUUUAUCCUGUUAACAGUCUAUUACCUAUGUAAUCUUAAUAACGUAUCCUGGGGAACUCGAGAAACUCCGAAAAAGAUGAGUCCAGAGGAAGAAGCCGAAGCAGAACGACUAGCUCAAGAGAAAGCUAAUAAAAAGUCUAGAAGUUUCUUUAGCUUGUUGGGUAUUGUGUCAAUCAUCAAUGAAUUACGAGAUGCUAUAAAAACAUUAAUGGGUUUGAAGGACGAACUGAAUAAUAAAAACAACCAAAACGCACAGCAACCGUUGAACACCGGUAACUCUAAACCUAUACCACAGCCACCACCACCACCACAGCUUCCUUCAAACGCUGCUGUCCCAACUGUCCACCACCCACCAGUUCAGGCACACCAUUCUAGUAGAAGCUCUAAAGUUGUUCCUGGUUAUGAGGCCGAUCCUUGUAAUCCACACUGGUUGUCGCUCGAGUUCGUUGGGAACGGGCCCGUAGAAGUGUUAUCAGAAACCGAGGAAGAGUUUUGGCAGUAUCUGAUAAAGAAGUAUUUACAUCCAUUAAACGAAGAUAAAGCUCAUAAACUGAAGAUAAAGGAAGACCUCAUUUUGAUAAGAAAUAAUGUUGUAUUCAUCUUUUUCAUGUUAAAUUUCUUGUGGACAGUUCUGGCUUUGCAGCUUCAAAACAACCAAGGAAAGCUUAGCAGUUUCUACAUUGUGGAGAAAUAUGAACCGUUAUCUUUGGCUUUCCUGACAAUUUUUGCCCUGGCUUUAUUUCUACAAUUUGUGAGUAUGUUCUUGCAUCGAUGGGGAACGUUCUUGCAUUUGAUGUCUAGUACAAGAAUAGACUGGCUGAAGAAGACUCACACGGAAGAAGACUUUGCCAGAUUCGUUGUCAGCGAAACUAGAAAAUUACAGAACUUGGAGCCCGAACCGGAUUAUGAAAAUGACGAUGACAGUUACUCUGUAGAGAUGACCGAAACUGAAAUGGAUGAUUUAAGUUCUAUUCAUUCGGAUUAUUACGAAGGUUACAACAGGCGUACAUUACGGCGUUUGAGACAUCCAUCACAGAAUGAUGACGUCCCCGUUCUUCAAACAAUAUUUCAACAAAAUCUUCAAAAUCUGCAUCAUAAAUGGAAGCAGGGCACUAUUCGACCAAACAGGGGCGGUGAAAGUUAUCGUCGUUGGGGCCAACCAACUGCAAACGCUAUGAGAGAAAGACUAUAUACCCAGAGCUUUCAACCGGAACCAAGGGAUAGGUUUGACGGUAUACGAAUUGUAUAGUUUAUAAAAUUGUCCAACUUUAUUUGAACUGUGAUAUUGUAACU